AUGCCUGUCAAUGGGGUUCAGCACGAGGAGGAUUUGCUAGAUUCAGACAAUUAUGACCCUAUCGAACACCUCGAUCAGAUAUUCUCACACCCUUCGACCCUCUCGUCGGUCAGACAGACCUUCGAAAUCCUCCAAGCCUAUCAAGAUGACCUUGACGACGAAAUCGAGGCUCUCGAAGACGAGCAGAUACAGUCAAACGCAGAAUGUCUGCAGCGAAUGGAAGCCUCGAAAGCCGAGCUGGCGGAGUUGUUCCAGCGCAUCGAGAGUGUCCGGGAGCGGGCACUGCGGACCGAGCGAAACAUCACCGAGAUGACGGCGGAUAUUAAGCAGUUGGACAAUACAAAGAAGAAUCUCACGCUUUCGAUGACAGCGUUGAAGAGACUGCAGAUGUUGACGACCGCCUAUGAACAGCUGCGGGCCAUGAGCAAAACGAGACAGUACAGAGAAUGCGCGCAGCUCCUGCAGGCGGUGAUCCAGCUCAUGGCGCACUUCAAAUCCUACCGGUCAAUCGACCAGAUCGCGACGUUGAGCAGGAAUGUAGCAGAUAUACAGAGAGAGUUGCUGGAACAAGUGUGCGAGGACUUCGAGAUUACCUUCAGCAAGGAAGAGGUGGCUCAGAAACGAGGACUGCUUCACGAGGCGUGUUUGGUAGUCGAUGCUCUGGGUGAUGCUGCCCGGUCACGGUUGACCACCUGGUAUUGUAACACGCAACUUCGUCAGUAUCGGCAUAUCUUCAAGGGGGACCAGGAGGCGGGAUCGCUUGACAAUAUUGAUCGGAGGUACGCGUGGUUCAAAAAGACGCUCAAGAUAUACGACGAGGAACAUGCUGCCAUCUUCCCUCCGCACUGGCGGGUCAACGAGAUCCUUGCCAACGUCUUUGCUGAAGGAACAAGAGAAGACUACAAGGGCAUCUUGUCUAGGACUACCCGCAACGGUCAGACCAUUGAUGUCCAGCUGUUGUUGUCAUGUUUGCAGCAAACUCUGGACUUCGAGCACGCUCUCGAAAGGAGAUUCAAUCAAACGUCAAGAACCUCCAUCGAUACCAUGGCAUCAGCCAGUGACACACCAGUCUUUGGCCAGCCGAUCUCGGACGCGUUCGAACCGUAUCUGAGCUUGUGGGUGGAAGCACAGGAUAAAGAACUUGCGGGUCUGAUACCGCAAUACAGGCAGCGGCCGACCAAACUUGCGGAUGAAGAUUUCUCCUCACAACAUGUUAUUGCCUCGUCGACAGAGCUGUUCAACUUCUACCGACACUCCCUCGCGCAAUGUGCGAAGCUCUCCACGGGACAGCCCCUGCUCGACUUGUCCAAGGUUUUUGGCCGCUAUCUUGACCAAUAUGCGCAGCAAGUUCUGCUGUUCUAUAUCUCCGAAAAACCAACAGGCGGCACCCCUUCUCGAAUACCCUCUGUCGAAGAUGUCAUUUUGGUUCUCAACACGGCGGACUACUGUUUCCAGACUUCGAAUUCUCUGGAAGAAAAGAUCAAGAGUCGCAUAGACGAUGCGUUGAAGGAUAAAGUCGAUCUACAGAGCCAAGCAGAUGCCUUCAUGGGCAUAGCGAGUGCGGCAGUUCGAGGUCUGGUCCGUCGUGUGGAAGUCGACUUGGAACCCAGCUGGCGUGAGAUGCGAAACAUGUCCUGGUCAAAGAUUGAAAUCGGAGAACAUCAAAGCCCCUACAUAACAGGUCUAGAGAAUCGGAUCAAGGACCGUUCCAGUGAGAUCUUGGGCAUGCUUCAUAAACAACAGUAUGCGCGGGCAUUCGCAGAUAAUCUGGUCGAGCUGUUGGCGUCAACGUAUGUGGCUAACAUUGCCCAAUGCAAGCCCAUCUCAGAAGGCGGCGCUGAGCAGAUGUUGCUCGACACUCACGCCAUCAGGAACACCCUCACCCAGAUACUUCCGGGUACACCGCCGCCACUUUUCCUCAAACGUGUCACUGCUGCUUUUGGCAAGAUUGAGCCGCUGUUAAAAACCCUACAAGUCCGACCAUCACCCCCAGAGGCCCUCGUCCAAGCAUACCUGAUUCACAUCUCCGACCUCUCGGAAGUCAACUUCCGCAAAAUCCUCGAAUUGAAAGGCAUCCGCGCAAAGUCAGAACAAAACCACUUGGUUGAAUUAUUUCAGAUGCACAAGUUCAGCCCACGGUACAAGGACACACUAGUGGAGAAGUCACCCCUGCUUACUCCAUUGAACCUGUCAGCAUCCGGUACGUCCACUGGGACUGCGGUAACACCAGCAGGUGCUCUCCACAACCUUUCGGCAUUGGGUAACUCUGCGGCGGCGUCACUGAGCACGGCAAAUAUACCAGCGAACAUGAAAUUCGAUGCUUCUGGACUGGGCAACGCAAUCAUUGACCGAUUCAGCAGCCCCGGUCUAGGCACGCCUCGAGACGGAGCAGUAAGCCCACCGCCAACUGGAACAGGCAUGCACACCACAGGCGAUGGGGGCUUCUCCGGUGCAGAGGCCGGGGCAAAGCUGAAUGAGAACUUGAAAAACAUUGGAAAAUUCUUCAAGAGGGACCUGGGUGGGUUUGGGGGCAUAGGUCGAUUCGGCAGUAGUAAAACCACGAGUCCGGCUCCUCCUGAAGACCGCGCAAACCACCGAUAG